ACAGCCAAUCAAAUUUAGGCACAUUUUACUCGUCACACGCCGCAAUGGCUUCCCCCUUCCCCCUGAAACAAUAUGCUCAAUGCUCGGUCCCGUGUAUAUUUAUGGCGUCUACCAAUGUUUUCUUGCUUUCUCAGUAACGUAUUCUAGUUCGUAGUUCACAAAAAUUUAGAAUAAAAACGCGUGCUGUUUUUUUAUUUAUUUUUUGGUAUAAAGAUAAUAGAAAUUUGGAAGAUAGUAAAAUGUCAGAAUACGAAAAAGUAAGAAUAGGAAAGUUAAAAUUAAAAGGAGAAAAAUCAAGACCAAAAAAACGAAAAUCUAAGACACAAGAAAAAGAACAGGAUGUAACAGUAGAAAAUAAGGACACUAUUACUCAUGGAGGAUGGUGGAAGGUUAAGAAUAUAUUAGAGAUCACAGGAACAGUAGCUAUAGAAUUUGGAAAUCAAACUUAUAUGAAAGCACUUGAUAAUGGACUAUUUACUCUUGGUGCACCGCAUGCCGAAGGAGAAGGUCCAUCACCAGAGGAAAUCUUAACAGCGUUUCCCAUAAGCGAGACUAAAAUUGCUUUGAAAUCAGGUUAUGGCAAAUAUCUUGGUGUUGAUAAAAAAAGCAUUGUUAUUGGACGUAAUGAUGCUGUAGGUUCGAUCGAGCAGUGGGAACCAAUUUUUCAAGAUGGUAAACUCGCUAUAUUAAAUAAUACUGGAUGUUUCAUGUCAGUUACAAAUGAUGAUGACAUAAUUUGUCAGAAUAGAACAGCUGGCCCGUCAGAAUAUGUUGUUCUGAGGAGUAUGACACAACGUUCUCAAAGUCCUAACAAGGAUAUUCCAAAGGAAGAACAAGGCUCUCUUGCAGAUAUUGAAAUAAAUUAUGUACGGAAGUUUCAAAAGUUUCAAGAUAAGAAGUUAAGGAUAAAUAAGUCUGACCAUUCUGAAUUAGAAAAAGCAAAAGUAGAUGGAAAUUUACAUGAAACUCUGUUAGAUAGAAGAAGUAAAAUGAAAGCUGACCGUUAUUGUAAAUAAAUUCAAUUUUAAGGGCAUGAUUACUUGUUUUGCUUAAUUAUUUAUCACCAUAAAACAUAAUUUUAUAAAUAUUUUAUUAAAUAUAACUAAAUUUGUUUUAUGUUCUUAAAAAAUGUAAAAAAGUAUCUUUAUAUAUGUAAAAUAUUAAUUGUGAGCAUUCUGCAAUAUGUACAUGAAGAGUACAAAUCUUUGAUAAGCUUAUAUGUAAACAUAAUGUCUAUUGUACUUUAUACAAUCACAAAAAAAAAAA